AUGUUCAAAAAGGGAGAACCCCGGAAAAUCUCGUUUCCCGCCUUGAACUCCACGCGCUCGGACUGCGCGCCACUGAAGACCCUCACUGUUAUCGACGGCUUGCGCUGGUUCGAAAGGGCUGUCCUGGAGCGCCAUCGUUUCUCUGAACUGACAAAUCUGGAGUUGUUUGCUUGUGCUGCACAUCCGACUGCCAUAAUUGGCUUCAUAGCGGAACACCCAAACUUGCACGCGGUUUCGCUUGACCCUAUUGAGCUGUCUGUCCCGUUGGCACUCAUCGUCGCUGCGAGUGCCUUCCGGCGACGCGAGCUGCGACUCGACUUGACGACUUUGCAGUGGGAGGGACCACCACUGAACUUGGCGCCCGCUUCUACCCGUCUUGCAGUGUUCAAUUUCGCCAAUGUCGACAAUUUGUCGUUUACCCGUCGCGGGCCAUUGAGCGCUGCCGUCCAUGACCAUGACCAUGGCCUGCAGAGCCUCUCUCUGUCGUUUUCCGCCUUGUUGAACUUGUCGCAGCUCAUGGCUCUCGGUGCGAUCCCUACUAUUCUACCUCAAUGCGGCGAACUCAAUCUUAAACUACUCGGCACGACGCUGCAGACGACCGAGGCCCUCCUUGAUCGUCUGGGACAAAGCCUUUCCAAGUGGAAUCAUCUCACGACCCUUAAGCUGGCGUGCAUACUCCCCGACGAUUGGGAGACCUCCCUGGAACUACCGCUCCCUGUGGAUCAUCACGGCCGCCCAUUCCCCCCGACUGAAAACAGCCCCACACCGAUGGACACUUGGUAUGCAGCCACAGUCCAGUCUGCAGCGCGUUAUGUUCGGGCAUUGGCGGCGCAGGUCACGGGACUAGCGGUGUUUGAAUGGAGCUUACGGCCAGAUAGCUUCACGAGAAGUAGCUGGGGGCCUUUGCAGCCGCCGCUCUGGCGCUGGGACAUAAUUCGGGACCCAGACGGGAGCAUCAGGCUGUUGAACGAGCACUUGACUUGGGACGGGCAGAUUAACCAUCCACCUUAUAGCCGAUACCACUAA